AUAGAUUCGUUCAUUUAUCCAGAAAAUCUCCAUGCGGUGAACCUCACCAUUUUCUCCGAUGAAGAGUGCGUAGAAAGUUACCAAAAUGUCGAUGGAGGUGGACUUAAUCCUGAGACUGAACUAUGUGCCGGAGUUCCAGAAGGUGGAAAGGGGCAGUGCCAUAGCGAUUCAGGAGGACCCCUCGUUAUUGAUGGCGUUCAAUAUGGAAUUGUAUCAUAUGCCAAAGGAUGUGCUGAAAAAGGAUAUCCCGGAGUACUCACCAAAGUUUCAGGAUAUGUCGACUGGAUCCAAAAACAUAGAUAAAGAGAAUGGAAUGGCAGAGAUAUAAUCUUGACUUGCAUAUACGAUUAUAAUAGUUCUGUACUAUUGUUGAAUUAAAAAAAUUAAAAAAUUCUUGCGAAUGAGUGAAACAAUGA